UAAACCACGGUGAUGCGGAUCAGAUAGCUGACUGAGCGGGGUGGACCGCCGGAGGACAGGCAGCAUGCAGGCAGCGUGAUGCUUGGACACUUUGGACAGCUCUGUCUCCCUCUGAGCCCCAGCAGAGUACACUGAUACGGCUCCUCUCUGCAGGAUGGCAGGAAACCUGUCUCUGUGGGUUUCCACACAUGCAGAUCCAGAUGAUCCUGUCUUCUACCUGCUGAACUCGUCCGUUCCACCCUCGCCUCAACCCUGGGUGGCUCCAUCCUUCACCGUGGCUGCCCGCUGCCGCGUAGCAGCCACCAUGGUGCUGUUUGUCUUCGCGGCAGCCAGUAACCUGUCAGUCCUGAUCAGUGUGCGCUGGGGGCGGGGCUAUCGUCUUGCAGCACACCUCCGCCCGCUCAUCACCAGCUUGGCAUCAGCUGAUCUUGUGAUGACUUUUGUUGUCAUGCCACUGGAUGCCAUUUGGAAUAUUACAGUGCAGUGGUAUGGUGGGGAUAUCAUGUGUAAGCUGCUGUGUUUCCUCAAGCUCUUUGCCAUGCACUCAGCAGCAUUCAUACUGGUGGUGGUAAGUCUGGACCGAUACCGGGCCAUCCUUCAUCCUCUGGAUUCUCUCGAUGCUGGCCUCAGGAACAGACGCAUGUUGCUGGUGGCCUGGACUCUCAGCUUGCUGCUGGCAUCACCACAGCUGUUCAUCUUUCGGGCCAUUAAGGCUGAAGGAGUGGACUUCACUCAGUGUGUCACCCAUGGAAGCUUCCGGUACCUCUGGCAGGAAACGGCAUACAACAUGUUUCACUUUGUGACGCUGUAUGUCGUCCCCCUGCUAGUCAUGAUUUUCUGCUACACCCGCAUCCUCACCAAGAUCAAUGGGCAAAUGCACAAGAGCAAAGAUGGGGAGCAUUGCCUGAGACGCAGUGGCACAGACAUGAUACCCAGAGCCCGGAUUAAGACCCUGAAGAUGACCAUUGUCAUCGUUAGCUCCUUUGUCAUCUGUUGGACCCCCUACUACAUCCUGGGGAUCUGGUACUGGUUUCAACCAGCCAUCAUCAAGCGCACACCCGAGUAUGUGCACCACAUACUCUUUGUCUUUGGCAACCUGAACACAUGCUGUGACCCGGUGAUCUAUAGCUUCUACACGCCAUCGUUCCGGGCCGAUCUCGCUGACGUGAUGUCGUGCUGGCGGCGCCGCCAAAUCAACAAUGCCUCACCUCGCUCUGUGGACCGUCUGUCUGCUGUACGUGCUGGAGCUGCUGUGGAGAUGGAGUCUGAUCUGAGCUCAAACCAGCACAGUGGAAACCCUGGUUAGACAGCUGAUGUGACCAACCUGGUCUCACAGAAAUCCGUGAAAUA